AUGUUGGUCAAGGGAGGGUCGCUACAGGCUGUAGUCAACGAUGUGCUCUACGUGCCAGAGCUGCGAAGCAAUCUGUUCUCGGUACGGCGGCUCGAGGACGUUGGAAUGACCGUGAAGUUCGCUGGUGGAAGAGUGUCCAUUGAAAAGGGAGAUCGUAUGGUGGGCAGCGGACGCCGAUCUGGACAACUAUACGCGUUGGACAUUUUCCGGCGUGGUGGUGUUGAAGACGGUGGAAAACCAUCCUGCGAGAUCGGAGGCGGGAAAUCUGCGGAAGAACAAGCUGAAGAUGUUCCAGCUGAUAAGCCGCCACGAAACUCCGAGAACGAAGGCAAAGAGGUGCGGAUUGCCGGCUCGUCAGGUAGACAGCCCGGCGUAGCGGAGUUGUUGGAAGCCGAAGACAAGGAGGGACCCAACGGCGCGCUCCCUUCGCAACCAGAACGUGACAACUGCUCUGCAGAAGUGUCCACGAGGCCUAGCGGACGGGAGCGCAAAAUCGUGGGAUCCACUGGACCAAAGAAGGACAGCGAGACGAACCUCGCUCGGAAUGCUGGAGCUGAAUCGAUCGUUGGAAACCUGCCAGCUGAUGGAGCGAAGCAAUGCUGGAGAGGAUGGAGUCGCCAAAGCAGACGAAGAACGAUGAGAAGACCAAGUUGAAGAUUAAAGUUAGGCGCUGCGUAUUACGGCUAAC